GUAGAGAGUGUCAAUCAAAGGCAGAGCUCUCAGAGCUGGGAAGGAGGCUCUAGAUGGCGGCUGUGCCUUAGAGAGAGCGCGCUCUGCUCCCUGCCUUUGCCUCACUUUACGCAACUUUCCCUAACUUUCGGGCAGCCUCAGGGGGCCCCCGCAGCCCCCUGCCUCUCCUAGUGACUUACUGGGGUCGAUUCGAACCUUUUUUAGGGAGAAAAGCAGUUUUUAGGAGCUUUCUUUUCGUGCCUUGUUGGAAAGAAGCAGCCGUACUGAGAGCCCAGGUCGUUGUUUUUUCCAGCUUAGAAGCCAUGGCGCACCUCCAUUUUUGUGCGCUCUCCUAAUGAGGUUUUUUUUUCUUCCGGACCCGUUUUAGUAUUAAUUAUUGCUUUAUUUUUUGAACAGUUAACAUAUUUGAGGAUUAUUUUAUUUAUUUUUCGUUUUUAAAGGAGGAUUUUGCCUUUAUUUUUAAUUAUUUUGGACCUGAUAUUUUUCUACUACUAGAUAGGACUCUUGCUUUGGACAUACUACAUGGAUCAGUAAAUACCUGGGCACAGGACUUCAAAGCAAACAGAUUCCCCCUCCCCCUUAAUAUUUAAGAAUUAAAAGAUGAUGAGAAAUAAGGACAAAAGCCAAGAGGAGGACAGUUCGCUACACAGCAAUGCAUCGAGUCAUUCGGCCUCUGAAGAAGCUUCAGGUUCAGAUUCAGGCAGCCAGUCGGAAAGUGAGCAGGGCAGUGAUCCAGGAGGUGGACAUGGCAGCGAGUCGAACAGCAGUUCUGAAUCUUCUGAGAGUCAGUCAGAAUCUGAGAGUGAAUCUGCAGGUUCCAAAUCCCAACCAGUUCUUCCAGAAGCCAAAGAGAAGCCAGCAUCUAAGAAGGAACGGAUAGCUGAUGUGAAGAAGAUGUGGGAAGAAUAUCCUGAUGUUUAUGGGGUUAGGCGAUCAAACAGAAGCAGACAAGAACCAUCACGAUUUAAUAUUAAGGAAGAGGCAAGUAGCGGGUCUGAGAGUGGGAGCCCAAAAAGAAGAGGCCAGAGGCAGCUGAAAAAACAAGAAAAAUGGAAACGGGAGCCCUCAGAAGAUGAACAGGAUCAGGGUACCAGUGCAGAGAGUGAACAAGAACACAAAAAAGUGAAAGCCAGAAGACCUGUCCCCAGAAGGACCGUUCCCAAAGCUCGGGUUAAAAAGCAACCUAAGGCUCAGCGUGGAAAGAAAAAGAAGCAAGAUUCUUCUGAUGAUGAUGAUGAAGAUGAUGAAGCUCCCAAAAGGCAGACUCGUAGAAGAGCAGCUAAGAAUGUUAGUUAUAAAGAAGAUGAUGACUUUGAGACUGAUUCAGAUGAUCUCAUUGAAAUGACUGGAGAAGGAGUUGAUGAACAGCAAGAUAAUAGUGAAACUAUUGAAAAAGUUUUAGAUUCAAGAUUGGGAAAGAAAGGAGCCACUGGAGCUUCUACUACUGUAUAUGCUAUUGAAGCUAAUGGAGACCCUAGUGGUGACUUUGACCCUGAAAAGGAUGAAGGUGAAAUUCAGUACCUCAUCAAAUGGAAAGGCUGGUCUUACAUUCACAGCACAUGGGAGAGUGAAGAAUCCUUACAGCAACAGAAGGUGAAGGGUCUAAAAAAACUAGAGAAUUUCAAGAAGAAAGAAGAUGAAAUCAAACAAUGGCUAGGAAAAGUUUCUCCUGAAGAUGUGGAAUAUUUCAAUUGCCAACAGGAACUGGCUUCAGAGUUGAAUAAACAAUAUCAGAUAGUAGAAAGAGUAAUAGCUGUGAAGACUAGUAAAUCUACAUUGGGUCAAACAGAUUUUCCAGCUCAUACUCGGAAGCCAGCACCUUCGAAUGAACCUGAGUAUCUAUGCAAAUGGAUGGGACUGCCAUAUUCAGAAUGUAGCUGGGAAGAUGAGGCUCUGAUUGGAAAGAAAUUCCAGAGCUGCAUCGACAGCUUUCAUAGUCGGAACAACUCAAAAACUAUUCCAACAAGAGAAUGCAAGGUGGUGAAAUUGGCAACUUUUCCUUCAGAGAACCAAAUUGACACAGUUGGGGACUUGAGGCAACUGGACUGCAUUUCAGAAUUUACAAAUCCUAUUGUGGCCCUGAAGCAAAGACCACGAUUUGUAGCUUUAAAGAAACAACCAGCAUAUUUAGGAGGGGAAAAUCUGGAGCUCCGAGAUUAUCAGCUAGAAGGUCUCAACUGGCUUGCUCAUUCCUGGUGCAAAAGUAACAGUGUAAUUCUUGCUGAUGAAAUGGGCCUAGGAAAGACCAUCCAGACCAUAUCAUUCCUGUCCUACCUGUUCCACCAACACCAGCUGUAUGGACCCUUUCUUAUAGUCGUCCCUUUAUCCACCCUCACCUCAUGGCAGAGGGAGUUUGAAAUCUGGGCACCAGAGAUUAACGUAGUGGUUUACAUAGGUGACCUGAUGAGCAGAAAUACGAUACGAGAAUAUGAAUGGAUUCAUUCUCAAACCAAAAGGCUCAAGUUCAAUGCACUUAUAACAACAUAUGAAAUCCUUUUAAAAGAUAAGACUGUGCUGGGCAGUAUUAACUGGGCCUUUCUGGGAGUGGAUGAAGCCCAUCGGUUGAAGAAUGAUGACUCUUUAUUAUAUAAAACUCUGAUUGAUUUCAAGUCCAACCAUAGGCUCCUGAUUACGGGAACCCCUCUUCAGAAUUCCCUGAAGGAGCUCUGGUCCUUGCUGCACUUUAUUAUGCCGGAGAAGUUUGAGUUCUGGGAAGAUUUUGAAGAAGACCAUGGAAAGGGAAGAGAAAAUGGCUACCAGAGUCUUCAUAAGGUGCUAGAGCCUUUCCUUCUCCGGAGAGUCAAAAAAGAUGUGGAGAAAUCCCUUCCUGCUAAAGUGGAACAGAUUCUCAGGGUAGAGAUGUCAGCCCUUCAGAAACAGUAUUACAAAUGGAUAUUGACCAGGAAUUACAAGGCUCUUGCCAAAGGAACACGAGGCAGUACAUCUGGUUUCCUUAAUAUUGUGAUGGAACUGAAAAAAUGCUGCAACCACUGCUAUCUGAUUAAACCUCCCGAAGAAAAUGAAAGGGAAAAUGGACAGGAGAUUCUUCUGUCCCUGAUCAGGAGCAGUGGGAAACUGAUUCUCUUAGACAAACUGUUGACAAGACUUCGAGAAAGGGGAAACAGAGUCCUUAUCUUCUCUCAGAUGGUGAGAAUGUUGGAUAUCCUGGCUGAGUACCUGACUAUUAAGCAUUAUCCUUUCCAGCGUCUGGAUGGUUCCAUCAAGGGAGAAAUCCGAAAACAGGCACUGGAUCACUUCAAUGCAGAUGGGUCUGAGGACUUCUGUUUCCUGCUCUCGACAAGGGCUGGUGGCCUGGGAAUCAAUUUGGCUUCAGCGGACACAGUGGUCAUCUUUGACUCUGACUGGAAUCCCCAGAACGACUUGCAGGCACAAGCCCGAGCCCACAGAAUUGGUCAGAAGAAGCAGGUAAAUAUUUACCGCUUAGUUACAAAGGGGACUGUGGAAGAGGAAAUCAUAGAACGGGCCAAAAAGAAGAUGGUUUUGGACCAUCUGGUGAUUCAGCGUAUGGAUACCACUGGCCGGACAGUCCUGGAAAACAACUCAGGAAGAUCCAACUCUAAUCCUUUUAAUAAAGAAGAGCUGACAGCGAUUUUGAAAUUUGGAGCAGAGGAUCUCUUUAAAGAACUUGAAGGGGAGGAGUCAGAACCUCAGGAAAUGGAUAUAGAUGAAAUUCUACGCUUAGCUGAAACCAGAGAGAAUGAAGUGUCAACAAGUGCGACAGAUGAGCUUCUGUCACAGUUUAAGGUUGCCAACUUUGCGACUAUGGAAGAUGAAGAAGAGCUGGAAGAACGUCCUCACAAAGACUGGGAUGAGAUCAUUCCAGAGGAGCAAAGGAAAAAAGUAGAGGAGGAAGAGAGGCAGAAGGAACUAGAAGAAAUUUAUAUGCUGCCUCGAAUUCGUAGUUCCACUAAAAAGGCUCAGACAAAUGACAGUGAUUCUGACACAGAGUCUAAGAGGCAGGCCCAGAGAUCUUCUGCUUCUGAGAGUGAGACAGAUGAUUCUGAUGACGACAAGAAGCCAAAGCGCAGAGGGCGUCCCCGAAGUGUGCGGAAAGAUCUUGUGGAAGGAUUUACUGAUGCGGAGAUCCGAAGGUUCAUCAAGGCUUAUAAGAAAUUUGGUCUCCCUCUUGAACGACUGGAGUGUAUAGCACGCGAUGCUGAGCUUGUGGAUAAAUCGGUGGCAGACCUAAAACGCCUGGGUGAACUGAUUCACAACAGCUGUGUGUCAGCAAUGCAGGAGUAUGAAGAACAGCUGAAAGAAAAUGCCAGCGAGGGGAAAGGACCAGGGAAAAGGAGAGGUCCAACGAUCAAGAUAUCUGGAGUUCAGGUUAAUGUGAAAUCCAUUAUCCAACAUGAAGAAGAGUUUGAGAUGCUGCAUAAAUCCAUCCCUGUGGACCCUGAAGAAAAAAAAAAAUACUGCUUAACCUGUCGGGUGAAAGCUGCACACUUCGAUGUAGAAUGGGGAGUGGAAGAUGACUCUCGCUUGCUGCUAGGAAUUUAUGAACAUGGCUAUGGAAACUGGGAGUUAAUUAAGACGGACCCAGAGCUGAAACUGACAGAUAAAAUUCUGCCUGUGGAGACAGAUAAAAAGCCUCAGGGGAAGCAGUUACAGACUCGAGCGGACUACUUGCUGAAGCUACUCAGGAAGGGUCUGGAGAAGAAGGGGGCUGUGACAAGUGGGGAAGAGGCCAAAUUAAAAAAGCGGAAGCCUCGAGUAAAGAAGGAAAACAAAGCACCAAGAUUGAAAGAUGAACAUGGACUUGAGUUUUCAUCUCCCAGACAUUCAGAUAAUCCAUCAGAAGAGGGAGAAGUAAAGGAUGAUGGCUUAGAAAAAAGUCCAAUGAAGAAAAAACAGAAGAAGAAAGAGAACAAAGAGAACAAGGAGAAGCAAAUGAGUUCUAGGAAAGACAAAGAAGGGGACAAAGAAAGGAAGAAGUCAAAAGAUAAGAAAGAGAAGCCUAAAGGUGGUGAUGCCAAAUCUUCAAGUAAAUCAAAGCGAUCUCAGGGUCCUGUCCAUAUUACAGCAGGAAGUGAACCUGUCCCCAUUGGAGAGGAUGAGGAUGAUGAUCUGGAUCAGGAGACCUUCAGCAUUUGUAAGGAAAGGAUGAGGCCGGUGAAAAAGGCACUGAAGCAGCUUGACAAACCCGACAAGGGACUCAACGUGCAAGAACAGCUGGAACACACCCGGAAUUGCUUGCUCAAAAUUGGCGACCGGAUAGCCGAGUGCCUUAAAGCCUACUCAGACCAGGAACACAUCAAACUGUGGAGGAGGAAUCUAUGGAUUUUUGUUUCCAAGUUUACAGAAUUUGAUGCUCGAAAGUUACAUAAGUUAUACAAGAUGGCUCAUAAGAAAAGAUCUCAAGAAGAGGAGGAGCAAAAGAAGAAAGAUGACAUGAUUGGUGGUAAGAAACCAUUUCGACCAGAGGCCUCGGGCUCAAGUCGGGAUUCUCUUAUAUCUCAGUCCCAUACCUCGCACAACCUUCACCCUCAGAAGCCUCAUUUGCCUGCCUCCCAUGGCCCACAGAUGCAUGGACACCCAAGAGAUAACUACAAUCACCCCAACAAGAGACACUUUAGUAAUGCAGAUCGAGGAGACUGGCAGAGGGAAAGAAAGUUCAACUAUGGUGGUGGCAACAAUAAUCCACCGUGGGGCAGUGACCGGCAUCAUCAAUAUGAGCAGCACUGGUACAAGGACCACCACUAUGGGGACCGGCGACAUAUGGAUGCCCACCGUUCCGGAAGUUAUCGACCUAACAAUCUGUCCAGAAAGAGACCGUAUGAUCAGUAUAGCAGUGACCGAGACCACCGGGGACACAGAGAUUAUUAUGACAGGCACCAUCAUGACUCCAAGCGGAGGAGAUCUGAUGAUUUUAGGCCUCAAAAUUACCACCAGCAGGAUUUCCGUCGAAUGUCUGAUCACCGUCCCCCUAUGGGCUACCAUGGCCAGGGACCCUCAGACCAUUACCGCUCUUUCCACACAGACAAGUUGGGGGAAUAUAAACAGCCCCUGCCCCCAUUGCACCCUGCAGUCUCAGAUCCUCGCUCACCCCCUUCUCAGAAAUCUCCUCACGAUUCCAAGUCACCCCUGGAUCACAGGUCUCCUUUGGAGAGAUCACUUGAACAGAAAAACAACCCAGAUUAUAACUGGAAUGUUCGGAAAACAUAAAGGACAGCUCAGAAAGGGGAGAGCAGGAGUCAUCAUGUGGACGUUUUUGGUCUGGUCCAACAGUGGCCAGGUAUCUUGACCAGUGAGCUGAGUUUCUGGACAUACUGCUGCCGUCAACUCACUGGCUGAAGGAGCACUUGAAGGAGUGGGAGGCCUUUCAUCGGGCGGGCUUUGAUUUGGGUCACCACUCCUGCACUUUGGCACCCCAUCCCACUCCAGCCUGGUUCUGGCCUCCCACCUAAUGGGUGGUAGGAGGAAGAGGUGACUUUUUGUGCACCAGUUUUAUUGGGCUAUUUCCCCAUUGAAGGAAUCUUGGAUCUUAAGAGUCAUGAAUGUUAAACUGCCAGGUUCAGGCUUCUUGGACCUUGGUGCAGUAGUCAGGGGAAGGAAUUAGUGCAUGAAGGCUACCGGAACCUGCUGGACAGUGUGGGAUUUGGUUCACUAUGACAUGAUGGAUGCUGCUGUUGGGGAGUGGGGUAAAUGGGUGGAUCUCACAUCAUAGGACUUAAAGAGGAGCAGGUAUACUCCUCCAAUGUGUCCUUGGGAGAGAUUAUACACUCAGCUUCUUUACGUGAAAACUAUAGGGUGGGAGUAGGUAGAAGAUAGGAAAAUGACUUCUACCAUGGCCUCUUCCCUACCAACACUAAUUUUCCCCACACUAUCUUUGUACAUUUCAAAGGUUUGGUCUCCUGGGUGGGCCUUCUUUCCCCUGUGCCAGGGAAAGUAGGGUUCCUCUGGCUGACUUUCAAGUACUGUGAGUUAGGCAACAUGGAUGUCAGUGUGGGUCUUCCUUGACUGGGGAGUGGGCUGAGUGGGUCUAGGGUGGGGUUAGGGAGGGGAGUAGUGUGACCAGGACAGGAAUCCCUGGUGGAUUUCUGAUUCUUGUGGUGAGAGGAAAACCACAGGUCCUGGACAGGGGAAGCAGAGGCAGGUCUGCUAAUCAGCAGACAAGCACAGAUGUGGGAGCACUUGUGCAGGUGGUUGGCAGGUUUCUUGAUGGGGGCUUUAGUAGUGCCAGCAAAUGGGGAAGCUUUCAGUAUUGGAAUAGGUCAACAUCUGCGUUUUAGUUUCCUUUGCACAGCUUGAAGAAGUAGAUUACACGGAAUCACAGAUCUCCUGGCAUUCAUGGGGUGGUCAGAUGAAAAUAAGUAACCUGUGGUAAAGAAGUUUCCAUUGCUUGUUAGAAAUCAGUAGAAUUGUACUUGGUUUCCUUUAGUACAAGAUCUGUAAAGUAUAAACCUAAGUUAAAUUUUUUCCAAAUAGAAAGUGUCCAGGCCAGGGUGCCUGUGCUUAAAUGGUAAGAGUUGUGCUGGAGUUGAAUGGAGUCAGGACUGGGGGUCAGGUUGGUUGCAUCAUAAAGCAAGCUCCUUUCAGUGUACUGAUACUUGGGCCUUUGGUUUUAUUCAUUUUCAGUAUAGCUUGCCAGUAUUGUAUCCAAAGCUUUUCUAGAUGGAGACAGAAAAACUGACUUGAACAUAUAAGUGUCCAGGUUCUAAACUAAUAGGUAUGUGUAGGGUUAAACUCCCUGAACUAACUUAUGGGGACCUCUGUAAGAUCAUUUAUCACAUACUUGCUGAUGCCCUGGGAAGCACCAUUAAUGCCUUUACCAAAACAUGCCUGCAUUGCCCGCCCUGAGUUGAGUGAAACAGAUGUAGCCAUGGUAAGCCUUUUUUCCUGCAUUACAGGACUGGUGCUGAGUUUCCAGAUGAGAGUCGGGGUCCCUGCAGGUUGUGCUGGGAAGGCUUACCAACUUCUUCAUCCCUCAUGGUACUUGGGGUGGUUCACCCUGGUGUUGUACAUGCAUACCCUAUAACAGAGCCUUGGGGUUGCAUGGCAGGCAUCUGGCCCCCAUCCUCCCAUGCGGAGACCUACCAUGACUGCUUGGUGAAGGCAAGAAAUCAAGUCUCCAUUUUGACCACACAUGGAAAAGGAAACCACAGAUGGAACUUCUUGCUGAUAAUAUCAAUACUAUCCUGUGUUCUGCCCAAGCCAAAGAGGAAUAUUGGGUUGACUUGCUGGGCUGUUGAGUGUUGUGAAGUGGGGGUGGGAAGGGGAUGAGCCCCCAUGGGAAGCUGCAGCGUUGGAGGUAUCAUCCAUAUUCACCCAGUUUUUUCUUUCAAGUUAUUGGUGGGAGUUGUUAUUCCCAGAGAUGUCUCAUCAUGAGGAAAAAAGGAACUUCCUUUUGUUCACUUUCCGGACUUCUAGUGCCAUAUGGUGUAGCAAAAGGCAAUACGGGCCAGAUCAGUGUUAUAUUGAUUCUAAAAUUACAGUAUCCCCCAUUAACAUCUGUUUUAGGUGUUGAAGUGUAUUCGAAGAGUGGGUUGGGAGAAAGGAGGCAUUUCCUCAUUGGUUUUAAUCAAUCAGUAGAAGUAUAUAUUUAAAUCAAAAGUUUGCACAGGUAAAAAUUCUCUCACUUGCAAAUGGCAGAAACUGCCCCAAGAAUCUGAGGAUGGUAUUACAUGGAGCCUGAUAGUGAACGAAUAGCAGGAGGUGAGGAAGGAGGGAGUCAGCAUCACCAAACUGAAGUAAACAGGGAUGGACAGGAUGUGCCAUAGCCCUAGAAGAGGACAAGGCGAACUCCUGUGCUGCUUACUGUGGUCUGUCAGUGGGACUGGAGGGAAACAGCUGUGCCCUCUGGGGAGCCCAAGCUGAUGGUCCUAGGUUCACUCACUUGUUAGGCAUCUCCUAAGCCCUUCCAAGGGAACCCCACACUUCCCCACUGUGCUGCAGACAUUCUGGCCCCCUGAUUCUCUAAGUUGCAUCAGGCCUGAGGUGCAAAGGCAAUUCAUUUGGGAGUUCACAUGACAAUACCGAAAUCCUACAGACCAAAAUCCACUUGUCAGCAGGAGCGGUGGCCCAGCCCAACACCAGUAGUCCUCUGGCUUAGCUGGGGGCAGCCAAGUUGGGCAAGGAGAGCCACGCUAGGGGUCCAGGCUGCUUUUGUUCAUCUGUGCCCCACCCGCCUGGGGACAGGUGGUUUUUCUUUAUUGUAAAAUUGUGGACUUUUAAACCUGUUGACUAAACAGUAAUUAAUUUAUAUUUGUGAAAAAUGCCACUGUCCUAGUGAUUUCUGAUGUAAAUAAUGUUGUUUAUAUAGUAUGUAUUAAAUUUUCCUACAUUGUAAAACUGCUGUACUUUUGAUUCUUGUAUAUUAAAAGGUGUUAAGGAUUUCUAGAA